AACCAGAGGAACAUGGUGGUGCUGGGGAUGUUCCAGAUAGCCCUCAGCACGGUGUGCGUCGUCAGCGGGUUCAUAGAUAGCAUUUUCAGAACAGAGUCUCAGCUGGGCAGAACCAGAGCUCCAAUUUGGGCUGGGAUGGUAAAGUUGUACUGUAUUUUCUGUGCUUUUUUUCCACCCACUGCUGUCUUCUAGCACUCAUAUUGGGAGUAGGAGGGAAGCCAGGAUUUCUUGCCAGCUGUUCUCUGGUUUUCUGCUUUGAACCCACUUAAAGUUUCCUUAUCAUGAUAUAGGCAGAAGAGCGCAAGCAGACUUCCCUCUGAAGGAGCUAAAUUAAAUUCAUUUCUACUGGAUAACGUAGGAAAUGGGGCAUAGUGACAAGUGACAGGGGUUUUGUUGCAGAAGCAUGGUGACCACAGAGAAGCCACCAAAGAUGAGGAGGGGAACACUUUGUCCUCACGUCAGGUAGAUGAACAUCUGGGUGAUGAUCUGUGUCCCACAGCGCAGUGCCCCUAAUCCUCUGUACUGCAGCAGGGAGCAGGCAGUGGAGGUCCCUGCUCCCGGGCGUUCAGGACCCUGAUGUUACCCUGCUGAGCCACACUGCAAGGAAAUCGUGCUGAAGAGCUCUCUUCAGUCCAGAGGCUGCCCAUCUCCUUCCAAUAAUUCCUUUCUGUCCUCUGCAAGAGGCGUGUGGACUUGGGAAAACAGUGCACAUUUUUAGCGCUUUAAAUCAGCCUUAUUCCAUCAGUUUCAUUAUUUAGGCAGAGCCAUAAAGCUCCGGUCUGAGGUGGCAAGGCCAUGGGGAAAGCAGGUGUGUAAGAUGCAUGUCAUGUACGUCCUGGAGAUGCUGCAGAGGAAAACAGAAGAAAUGAGCAAUUCUCUUCCCAUUUCUGACCCAACAGUUACUGGAAUCCAAGCCUUGAAAACAAGGGCUUUUCAUCUACGCUGUAGUAGUUUAUCUUUGGAAUCUGAUACUGGUCUUCCAGUUACCAGCUGCUUUUGUGCUCCACAGGUGAUGGGGGUCCCAGGCGUGCUGGCUUUGUUCUCCUCUCAGAGGAAGAAUCCAAUCCUUGUGAAUGUACUGAUAGUUGCUUCCAUAAUCUCUUGUGUUGCCAUCCUCAUCGUAAUAGGUUACAGCUCCUUUACGCUGAACUAUGGUGAAGAGGAGGAGCUGAGUUCUGCCCCUGUCCAUGUUAUCCACACUAGGUUCAUACUCAGUAAGGUAGUCAAGGGUGCUAACAUAGCCAUGCUGGCUGCAUCUAUCUGCAGUGCCUUUUUCGUGCUGGCCAUGGUUUACCUGGGGUGCCGGAGCCUUCCACGCUGCUCCUGCUACGACAGUGUGACUGGGAUGGAAUGGUUGCAACCUACUGAGGACCAAAAUCAGGCUGUGGAAAUGGUUUGUGCUGUACAAAGUCCUGGGGACAGGAUUUCCAACUUCCCAGAUCGGUUUCCAGCCCAGGAUGUGGAUGCAGAGGAAGACACAUCCAAACCUCCACCAUAUAUCAGACUGACUUGAGAAAGUGGUCGAACAUUUUGUUCAAACGUGGCAGGAGAGACGUAACAAGCUCUUAAUCUUUAAAGAUGGUUAUGCACUUUUCCUUGGCCUCUUGAAAAGCACACACAGAAGGAGAGAACUAUUGAAUGCCAAACAUUCAGCAGAGACCACAGUGCAGAGAAGAUCCUCAAGUGGUUUUGGACGUUCAGACUUUGUAUAGUUAAAAUACCUCAUUGCCUCUGGAAAGCGUGAGCAUUUUUUUCCUCCGGCUUUUGUACUUAAAUCAUGUUUUAUUUCACUAGAACUCAUCGGGCAGUUUGUGUAGCAGUGCUAGCC